AUGAGUACUCUGUAUCAGCUCGUUCUCAUGCUCCUGCUCCAUUCUGUAUGCGCUCAUGCAUCCUUGCAGCAGGAAGUGGCUGAUGGUGAUCGGAGAGCCCUGCUGGCAGUCAAGCUGGAGCUCUCCGACCCCAUGGGCUGGCUGAGCUCGUGGAACAGCACGAGCUCCGAUGUCUGCCAGUGGGCCGGCGUGACAUGCAGCCGCCGGCACCCCGGGAGGGUGGCGUCGCUGGACAUGCCAUCGAGACAGCUCUCAGGCAUGAUCUCUCCGGCGAUCGGCAACCUCACGUUCCUGCGGGAGCUCAGCCUUGACUCCAACAUGCUGGCCGGCGAGGUGCCACGCACCGUCGGCCAGCUACGCCGCCUGCGCUUCCUUUCUCUGUUCAAUAACUCCUUCCAUGGUGAGAUCCCUCGAGAAAUAUGCAACUGCUCCAACCUCUUCCACCUCAACCUGGGGGUUAACCAACUGGAAGGUGAAAUUCCUGCGGGGUUUGGACUGCUGUCUCAGCUUCAGAUCCUCUUCAUCCACUACAACAAUUUAGUAGGGAGCAUCCCACCAUCACUUGGUAAUCUCACCUUCCUUAAGACACUUGAUGUACUUGAGAACAGACUGGUAGGGAGCAUACCUGUGAGCCUUUCCCAUUUAGAUCAUCUCACAGGCUUUGAGGUGGGCAGAAAUAAUCUCUCCGGCACAAUUCCACCGCUGCUCUUCAACAAAUCAUUGCUUCAAUAUUUCGGAGUUGCAUCGAACAAACUGCAUGGAAGCUUGCCAGCGGAUGCAGGCGCUAACCUGCCGAGUCUCAAAAACCUCUUGUUGACUAACAACCGGCUGUUCGGAACAAUUCCUAGUUCACUUGGUAACGCCACCAUGGUCCAAGUGCUAGGUCUUUCAAGGAACAGGUUCCAAGGGAGGGUGGCACCAGAGAUUGGAAAGCUCUGCCCGUUUCAAGUCGAGAUGGGUGCAAAUCAGCUGCAAGCAGAAGAUGAACAGGGUUGGGAGUUCUUCACUCUGUUUACAAACUGCACCCGUCUUCGACUGAUAGAUCUACCCCUGAACAGGCUAGGUGGAGUGCUUCCUACUUCAAUCACAAAUUUUUCGACCCAGAUCCAAUGGCUCAGUAUCGCCGCCAAUGGCAUCUCUGGGGUGAUCCCCUCCGGCCUAGGGAAUCUUGUCAACCUUAGCAACCUAGACAUGAGUGAAAACAACCUCCAUGGUGUAAUUCCUGAAGAUAUCGCAGAACUUACAAAUCUGCAAACACUAUUGCUUGGUGGUAAUCAGUUAUCAGGAAAUAUACCAUCCUCCUUCGGCAACCUCACACAACUGCAAUUGUUUUCCUUGUCAAACAAUAGGCUUGUUGGCCCCAUUCCUAGAAGCCUUGGUAACCUGAAAAACUUACCUAGCCUGGAUUUGUCCUCCAAUCUGCUCACGGGUUUCAUCCCUCCUGAGAUCUUUGGCCUUCCGUUACUGACAGAUUACCUAUUGCUAUCUGAUAAUUACUUAUCCGGAGCUAUUCCUCCACCAAUUGGAAGCGUCAAACAUAUCCAAACUCUCAAUCUGUCAAAAAACAACUUCUCCGGAGAAAUACCAGCUACAAUCGGUGAAUGUGAAGCUCUGGUGUUCCUUGGUUUGGCUGACAACUCCUUCACAGGAAGCAUUCCCAAGUCGCUUGGUAAUCUGAGAGGCCUAACCACACUGAACCUCACAAGGAAUGCUUUGUCAGGCAGCAUACCGCAAGAGUUGGGAAACAUCAAUGGUUUACAGGAGUUGGGUCUGGCGCAUAAUAAUUUGUCUGGAAUGAUUCCAAAAGUUCUUGAGAACAUAAGUAACUUAGUUCAGCUAGACCUCUCCUUUAAUAAUCUUGUUGGUGAGGUUCCAUCACAUGGGGUGUUUGCUAACAUGACUGGAUUCUCAAUGGUUGGAAAUGACGGGCUUUGUGGUGGCGUUCAAGGUCUAGAAUUGCCUCCAUGUCAGGAUAUGUCAUACAAGAAGCGGCAUCAUGCACUCCUUAGGGUUUUGCUUCCCAUUGUUGGCACUAGUAUAUGCAUAACUCUUCUAUUGUUUGUGCUGUUUCUGUUAAAGUGGAAAACAACACCUGAAAACACGAACACUGAUAGUCUUGUUGGAUUGACCUACAAGUAUCCCAGAGUUUCCUACCUUGAAUUGUUUGAAGCUACUGAUGGAUUUGCACUCGCAAAUCUGGUAGGUGCAGGAAAAUAUGGUUCUGUAUACAAAGGAAGUCUGUCUCUUCCGGCAGUCAGGAAUGCUGCUGUAGCUGUGAAAGUGUUCACUCUUGAGCAAACUGGUUCUUCAAGAAGUUUCUUGGCAGAAUGUGAGGCAUUGGCACGGGUGAAACAUCGAAAGUUGAUCGAUAUCAUUACCUGCUGCUCUAGUGUUGACACUAGAGGCAAUGACUUCAAGGCACUAGUAUUUGAGUUCAUGCCCAACUACAGCCUGGAUAGAUGGCUGCAUCAGCGAACAGAUGAGCAGCUGCAGAAGUUAAAUCUAAUCCAACUCUUGAAUAUUGCAAUUGAUGUUGCACAUGCAAUAGACUAUCUUCACAACUAUUGUCGGCCAUCAGUCAUCCAUUGUGAUUUGAAGCCUAACAACAUCCUCCUAGACAGUGACUGGACUGCUUAUGUCGCCGACUUUGGACUUUCAAAACUGAUUGGUGAAUCCAUGAACAAAUCUGGCUCAUAUACUGGAAGCUCCAUAGGGAUAAGAGGAACUGUUGGAUACGUUGCUCCAGAAUAUGGAGCAGGAGGGCAAAUAUCCACUGCCGGAGAUGCUUACAGCUUUGGGAUUACCCUUCUGGAGAUGUUCACAGGGAGAGCUCCAACUGACAAUAUGUUCAGAGAAGGGUUGAGCUUACACUUGUUUGCUGAGAUGGCAUUGCCUGACAAGUUGACAGAAAUAGUGGAUACAGUGCUAUUGGAGGUGCAACCAUGUGAAAUCGCUGCAAAGGAUGGCAAACUACUGGCUUGCUUAGCUUCGGUUGUCAGAGUCGGCAUCUCGUGCUCAAAGCAUAUCCCGUCAGAAAGAAUGAGCAUGAAAGAUGCAGCCAUUGAGCUGCAUAGAAUCAGAUAUGCGGUAAUGGAGCCCUCUAUGUAGAAUCGGACUUUUGAUUCCCUAGUGUUCUCCUGGCCGUGCUGUACUUUUCAGGCCGCAACUGAGGGCAAUGGAAAUUUCCUUGAGGAGAUGUAGUACAGGCCCCCACAUACAACAUGAUAGCCAUACAACAGCAUGAAAUCUGUCAAGCAAAACGGGAACCAUCAGAUUGCAAGUAUGAAGUAUUUAUGUGAGACUUAAUUAAUAAAAUAACCAUAUAUGAAACAAUCAAUAUGCCUCAGCCAAGAAAUGGUGGACUGAGGUGGCAAG